AUGUCCAGUGACAACGGAUCGCAAGAUGCAGAUCGGAGUGCUAUUGAAAUAGAACGCGCCAAGUCGGGCUUUUUGUACAAAGAGGACGUGGCCCCCGGAUUGACUAUGGAAAUGGAACUGAAGCGCAUUCUGAUUUCAACUUCGAGCCCGUACCAAAAGGUUGACGUCGUCGAAACAUACUUUGGGAAGACUCUGGUCACGGAUGGCAAAACACAAAGCACAGAGUUUGACGAAUUUGCCUACCACGAAAGUCUUGUCCACCCAUCUCUCUUGAAGGUGUCCAAUUCGGGGAGCGCACCGAAGGUUGUUUUCAUUGGCGGUGGCGGAGAGCUCGCGACGGCCCGGGAAGUCUUACGGCACGCAUCAGUCGCAAGGGUGGUCAUGGUAGACUUGGAUGCGAAGGUGGUCGAAGUUUCGGAAAAGUAUCUACCGGAAUGGGGAGGCCAGUCGGUUUUAACAGAUCCGCGGUUUGAACUGGUUAUCGGCGAUGCCUAUGGCUACCUACUGAAGACGGAGGAAAUGUUCGAUGUAGUUAUCAUGGAUAUCUCUGAUCCAAUAGAAGCCGGCCCGGGUGUCAUGCUAUAUACAAAGGAAUUCUAUGAGCAUGCCGUAACGCGGCUCAAUCCGAACGGAGUCUUUGUGACGCAAGGCGGCACCGCCGAGUCGAUCCCGUCCGCGGUCGUUAAAGUCCACGAUAUUGAUCCGUCGUGCUUUGCACCGAUUUACAAUACACUGAAGGCAGUAUUCCAUUGCGUCGUUCCCUACACGACGCAUAUUCCUAGUUUUGGAGGGGACUGGGGCUUUAUCAUGGCAUUUAAUGAUGACGGCAACCCCGCGACGGACCAGGAACGUGCUUGGAAAAUUCCGGACGAAGACGCUGUAAACGCGCUCGUGCACAAACAAAUUACGGGCGGAUCAGACGCGCUCAAGUUUUAUGACGGAACGACGCACUUGCGCAUGUUUGCUUUGACCAAGCCUUUGCGAAACUACAUGGCUCAAGACGAACGUAUUAUGACGAGAGAAAAUCCAAUAUUUAUGUAUUAGUGA